UGUGUGUUUUAUAAAUUCCUGAAUUGAUAUUGUUUAUUCAGGUCCCCAGCUCAUAACUGAAACAGGAUGUCGUCUGCUGCAACGCUGCGAGUCAGACGGCGUCCCCUGGUGGCGCGGUGUGCAAUCGCUCCACGAAACCGCCUCCCCGCGCUCCCCUUCUCCGCAUUUGCGUACAAUCCGAUUUCGUUGUGACGUGAAACACGAGGAUACGAGGAUUCCUUGACGUUUUCAUGUACGAGCUGGUUGACGUUUCGACUGGGCGGGUUGACCCGGACUCCUUCCAUCUGGGUCGGAUGCUGAGAUGCUGCUGACGGCCCGAGCCUCUUGACUCCCUGUCCGUUGGAGGAGAGAAUAUCAACAAGAAAGACAAUAUCCUUAAAUCUUUGGCAACAGCCUGUGAUUUUUGUCUCGUUUGUGCACGCGGAGGAGCAGCGCAGACACUUGUGAAUGAACCGCGACAUGUUGUGAGCUUCGAGGCCGGCGAGUGGUGUCGGCGGGCGAGAUGAAGGCGCGGAGCAGACCGAGGCAGACGCUGCUCCUCCCCCGGCUCUGCGUCAGUGGACUCGGUCUGCUCGCAGCUGCCUGGGUGUUGCAUCUCAAUGACGUUACAGAAUCUCGUGGACACUCUGGGGUUGUUGAUAUCUUCUUAUCCAAAAAGCAGGUCGCCAUCGCGAAAGAUGACAGCAAUCAGUCCUCACAGCCUUCUUCUAAAUCUGCCAUCAGCGAGUUUCCCGAAGACAUUUUUACACUGGAGCAGCGGAGACAGGGAGCAGUUGUCCUUCAUGUGCUCUGUGCUAUCUACAUGUUUCACGCGCUAGCCAUCGUGUGUGAUGUUUAUUUUGUGCCAUCCCUGGAAAAAGUCUCAGAGAAUCUGCAACUCAGCCAGGAUGUGGCCGGGGCAACAUUCAUGGCCGCCGGGAGCUCUGCCCCGGAGCUCUUCACCUCUUUGAUUGGAGUGUUUAUCACAAAAGGGGAUGUCGGUGUGGGAACGAUCGUGGGUUCGGCGGUCUUUAACAUCCUGGUCAUCAUUGGUAUCUGUGGCAUCUUCGCAGGACAGCCAAUCUGUCUGAGCUGGUGGCCUUUGUUUCGCGAUGCUGUCUUCUACAUCUUGUCCAUCAUUGUGCUCAUUGUGGUGAUCUACGAUGAAAAAGUGCAGUGGUGGGAGACCGUAAUAUUGAUCUCCAUGUAUGGAAUAUACAUAAUCAUUAUGAAAUUCAAUAGCUAUCUGUGCAGCCUGGCAGAGAGAUACUGCAGCAAGGCAGGUCAGCCGUGUUUGAGCGGUCUGCGACGUGCAACAGCGGUGGGGAAUGCCGGCGACUGUGAUGCCGACAACGUGCCGUUGAAGUCUGACUCGUGCGCUGUGGUCGGUCAGGACUCAGGGGUGAUGAUGGUGGAUGAGCUGCUCAACCAGCACCCGCACCAGCUCACCUUCUCAGAGGCAAGCCUCCGCCUUCUCAUCACCUCGCAUUUCCCCCCCUACACCCGCUUGCGAAUGGCGGGACGCACGGUCAUCAACGAGAGGCAGAGACUGAUCCGAGCUCAGGUCGGGGCCAAAGAUGGCGGCGCCUCAGCGGACGAUGGAUGCGGUGCCGGCGGGUCGUGGGGGAGAGAGAACGGGUCGGUUGCUGAGGCGGACUGUCAGCCUUUGGACGCGGGGAGAAGGGAGGCAAAGGAGACCGGGCGGGAGGUCGGAGACGCAGCUGCUCAGGCUAAAGAGGAGGAGGAAGAGGAAGAGCAGGAGGCGGAAGGGGAUGAGAACGCUCCCUUCAAACCCUUCAUCAUGCCAAAUGGUCGGUGUGUGCGUGUGAAAUGGCUGCUCUCCUGGCCGGUGAGUCUCUUGCUUCACUGCACGGUGCCCGACUGCAACCUUCCGCAGUGGGAACGCUGGUACUUGCUCACCUUCCUGACCUCCACACUCUGGAUCGCCCUCUUCUCCUACCUCAUGGUGUGGAUGGUGACCAUCAUCAGCUACACACUUGGAAUUCCAGACGUCAUCAUGGGUAUUACCUUCCUGGCGGCCGGCACCAGCGUACCCGACUGCAUGGCCAGCCUCAUCGUCGCCCGACGAGGCUUGGGUGACAUGGCCGUGUCCAACUCCAUUGGCAGUAAUAUCUUUGACGUGUUGCUGGGCCUGGGCUUCCCCUGGGCACUGAGGACACUCAUUGUCAGCUACAGCUCUGUGGUGACUAUCAACAGCAGGGGCCUGGUCUACUCGGUUAUCCUGCUCUUGGCCUCAGUUACACUCACUGUCCUGUGCGUCCAUUUGAACCGCUGGAAGUUGGACCGCAGGCUGGGCCUUUGGCUCAUGCUGCUCUACGCUAUCUUCCUGUUCUGCUCCAUCAGCUUCGAGAGGCUGUAGACUAGGACACACAAACACACCACACACCACACGCGCUUUUGUCACUGGUAUGAAUUUCACGCCUCACGUCUAAGAGCUCCCUUAAAUGGUAAAUGGUUGUCACUUAUAUUGCGCUUUUCUACCUCGGGUACUCAAAGCGCGUUACACUUUUAACCUCAUUCACCGAAUUCAGCAUCAGGAGCAACUGAGGGCUCAGUAUCUUGCUCAAGGACACUUCAACAUGGUCGAAAACUCCAACUUCUGGGUUGGGAAACGACCACUCUACCAAUGAGCCAUCCCAUUCCCUUUUGAUAAACAAGUAUUUUACAUGGUUUUUGUACUGCCACUUCUGCACACCACCCACAGACAUUGAAAAUUUGUAUUCUACCUGCUGUGCUUGUACUGUGCAAAAACGUUCACUAUUUCAUCACUGCCACGCCUUUGUUGGAGAUUACAUGGCAUGUAGUUGCUACUUGUUUAUAUAUCUAAUUUUUUUUUCCUGCUUGGUUUUAUCAUGCCUUUGUGUGGUAGUCCUAAAUGAGAGGCUGACCACGCGCGACAGCGUGUACUAAGACGUGCGUGUUGGCUUGGUGUGCAGACUUUUUGUGCUUGGAAACUUGGAACUUGUUUUAUUGUUUCUGAUUGUCCAUGCCGGGAGGAUGUAUUUGGCUGUGUUGUUGUCGGGUAAAUUAAAACGCUGCAUCAUGUGAAAAUGA